GCAGCAGCAGCAGCAGCAGCAGCAGCAGCAGCAGCAGCAGCAGCGCUUCUCUCGAUCGGUUUUCCGCUCGACUUUCCACUCGCUCCCCAUCCCCUUCUCCCUCUCACACUCACUCUACUCCCGUCCCAUCCCGUCCGUGUCCCGCCUCUCCCAGGCCGGCUGAUGCUGGAGUACAGCCCACCAGAGUGGAUCCUCUUUGGCUACUACCAUGGCCAGCCAGCCACCAUCUGGUCCCUGGGCAUCCUGCUCUAUCACCUGGUCUGUGGGCACCUUCCUUUCCACACAAACGAGGACAUCGUCCGGGGCCAGCUCUUCUUCCCGCCCCGGGUGUCUCAAGAGUGCCAGCACCUCAUCAGGUGGUGUUUAUCCAUGGACCCCGCAGACAGGCCAUCACUGGAAGACCUUUUUGAGCAUUCUUGGCUGCAGGAGCCCUGCCUGGCCCAGGAGACAGCAGAGAUCCAUCCCUCUGCUCAGUAGGAUCCAGGAGCCCAGCAAGUACCAGCUGCACCCGUCUGGUGGCACUCCAAGAAAACCCCGGAGCGUUUUCCUGCGGCUGCAGCACGGAGGAGAGAGCGCAGCCGAGGAGAUGCUUCUGCUGGUCCCCGGCGAGUUGUGGAGGGAGCGGCUCAGUGCUCCCCGUGCCAUUGGAGAAGUGGUGGCAGUGCGGUGAAGGUGCCACAGACUGGAACAGGGGAAACAUCCCCCUGCAGCUCAAUGGCAUCGGGAUGUCCCCGCAAGCCGAGGCACAGCUGGCGUGUUCUUCUGGAGCACCACGUGGAGCUGGGAACACCAUCCUGGAGCUGGCCGCUGGCGGGGCAAAGCCGACCGGCUUUGGCUGCAGCCCCUUCCUGGAGGACACGCUCUGCGCCCCGAUGAAAUCAAGAUGAGUCCCCAGCCGGCGCAGGGGCGGGGGGAUGCUCGUGCUUCCAGGCAUGGCAGGGCUCAGCCUUGCCACGCGCCGCAGGUUCCACGCUCGGCGGCGCUGGGGAAUAUUAAUUUUUCACCGGCUGCCAAGAUGCUUUUUGGUGGGAUAGGGGACAGAUGUUGUGGAAGGGGAGCCGGCUCCUGGCCUUGCUGACAGCUUCUGCCAGCCAGCCUGGCACGGGCUGGGGCGGGGGCAGCCAGCCUGGCAAAGCAUCCAUCCAUGUGGAUGGGGGCAGCAGAGGGGGACGGGUUCCGAAGCUGUGCCCCAGCUGGUCUGCUUUGCAGGCCCUCGAGGAAGGGGUGCGUUUACAGGCGGGAAAGGUGGCGUUUUUCCCCACCGAUGGACAGGUUUCAUUCUUGCAUGGAGUAGUCAGACCCUCCUCAGGCCCGUGAAACGGUGACAGGCUGUGUAGGUUUUUCUUGUUUCCAGGUCUUGUUUUGAAUUGACUUUCAUGCAAUUGUUCUUUGUUUUUCCCAGGAAGAUUACACCUGGUGCCCGGACCGCAUGGGGAAGCGCCUGCACCGUCUGUGGAGCACAUCCAGUGCCAGCGCUACCCCAAGGGCCACGGCCUGCAGGGACAUCCCCUUCAAGAAGGACGAGGACCUCGUGUGGGAUCAGCUCCUCUCCUGGCAGCAGGUCUGCAGAGGUGGGUACCCGGCUCCACAGCUGGGCUGGCAGAAGGGCUUCGGGCAGAGGGCAGCGGGCACACGGGCAUCCCGCCCUUGCAGCUGCUGAGGAGGCUGCUGUGCUGUGCUGAAGCGGAGGAGGUGGAACGUGGCCUGCCACGCUGCCCUUCUCUCGAAACAGAGAAUGGCUCGGGAGGUUUGGGCUCUGAGCACAGCCAGCAGCCUGGCCCGGGCACAGGCCAUGGCAGGACAGGGCACAGGAGCCUUCUGUGACUGACCGUGGCUCUCUGGUUUCUCUCUGCAGGCUGCCAGCACCUCAUGCCAUGGAAACGGCUCCGCUCGGCCUGCCAGGCUGGGAGGGCUGGAGGGCGGCGGGUGUUCAUUUGCUGUCAAAAAGAAAUCGUUCUAUUUUUUUGUCA